AAAUCAUUCUUUUUCCUUUCCUCUGCGUUUUUCCACUUCGCUCCACUCCCACUACUCUCUUUCCCUCCCUUCCUCUCCCUCCCUCUUUUUUUGUGUGUUGCUUUCGUUCUCGGUUGUUUUUCAUUCCAGUUCAUCAAAUAGUUAAUCGGAUCGAGAAACUUUUUUCUGUUAUAUUAUUGUCUCCUUGCUCUUUCACAGAGCCAUGUCCUCCAAUGGCAACUCUUUCACAUCCACACAUCCUAAUGCCACCAUCACCACAGCUAGUAACAGUAAUAGUAACAGCAGUAGUAGCAGUAGUGGUGAACAACACCAACACCAUAAUCACUCCCUUAGCGUCUUUACAACACUCCCAUCCGAUUCCAUAAAACAUGCCCUUACACCUGCAAACAUUAACGGCAAUGCAGAAAUGGAUCCACCAUAUGUUGAUGUCCUGAUUGCAGGAGGAUUGGGAGGGACACUUGCCGACUUUCUCUUGCAUAGUGUUGACACUGUCAAGACACGAUUACAAGGACAGCCAGCCGUCAACCCUCCAAAAUACCACAACAUGUUCCAUGCCUACAGUACCAUUCUCCGAGAAGAAGGCAUAUCUCGUGGACUCUACAGUGGUGUUGCCCCAGCCAUGACUGGAUCUCUCCCAGGAACAACGCUUUACUUUGGAACAUAUGAAUAUACUAAGCGCACAUUGACUGGGGCUGGUUGCCCUGAUGUCAUUGCUCACCUUGCAGCAGGAUCCUUAGGAGAUUUCAUUGCUUCAUUUAUCUAUGUCCCAUCCGAAGUUCUCAAGACCAGGAUGCAAUUGCAAGGACGAUACAACAACCCUUCAUUCAUCAGUGGAUACAAUUACAAAAAUACAUGGCAUGCACUUCAGAUGAUCAUCAAAUAUGAUGGCGUAGGGGCUUUGUACCAGGGAUACCGUGCUACUUUGCUCAGAGACGUUCCUUUUUCUGCUCUCCAGUUUGCAUUCUAUGAGAGAUUUAAAGUAGAGGCAAAGAAGUGGGAAGGGCGUCCAGAUGGUCAGAUGUCAAUACCCGUUGAGAUGGCCUGCGGAGCAAUUGCAGGAGGCAUGGCUGGAUUCUUAACCACACCUUUGGAUGUUAUGAAGACUUUACUGCAAACUCAGGUCAAGAAGCCCUCACCAACUUCAAGUAUAACAGGAACAGCACCUGCCAUCACCCAAAAGUACUAUGUCGGAAUCUGGGAUGGACUCAAAUGGAAUUUGAAGCAUCAUGGCAUCAUCUCUGGGUUAUUCAGAGGCGUAGGACCUCGUGUCUUCUGGACUUCAUUACAGAGUGCUAUCAUGUUUGUGUUUUAUGAACAGGCAUUGCAUUUACAAGAGAACAUGCGGCAUUUCGGACAAUGGCCUUAUGGAUCAAGUGCAUUCGGAUCGUCCAGCUGAACAAAGCAAAGCAAAGCAAAACCAACA